GCCGCUGCCGCGAAGGUGACCGCAGCGAUGGGGCUGAGAGCGGCUGCGCUCGUGACACUGAUGAGAGCCGCGAGGGGGGGGCUCGGCCGGGGAACGGCGGCGGUUUUACACGUGGCUUCGCUCUCCUCCGCUCCCCCGGAGCCCGUGAUCGCCGCCAAGGAGCCGUUCCCGGUGGAGUUGAAGGCGGGGAAGCUGUACGCGUGGUGCGCCUGCGGGCACAGCAAGAGACAGCCCUUCUGCGACGGUGCCCACAAGAAGGCGGCUCCAGGGAUCUCCCCGCUGCGUUUCACCCCGGAGGAGGACAAGACAGUCUGGCUGUGUGGGUGCAAGCACACCCGCCUCCCCCCGUACUGCGACGGCACCCACAAGGAGGACGCCGUGCAGAGCGCCCAGCUCCCUGCGUAGCCCUGAGACGGCUGCAUCCUGCAGGGAUGGAGAUCACGGAGCCCACGGGAGCCCAGGACCACCGGGAUGAUCAACCCUCUUGAGGUGUGGAAGGGAGUGGGGAGGAGACCAGCCCCCACCCCAAUUAAGCCUUAAUUACUGAGCCCUGUGGGCUGCAGCAAAACAGCCUCACCCCAGCACGGAGCAGCAACUUUGCUCCACUGGGGCUCUGCCAGGGGCAACGAUGGCUCAGCAAUAGCUGGGAGAAGAAAUAAUCCGCUGGAUAAUGGGACUUUAUGUCAGCAGAUGCAAAACUUUAUGUGAUUUUGCAUCUCCAGAGCUCCAGGCGCCCGUCGGGAUGAGGGACGGGGGGGAUCCAGGCAGCUGCAUCUGUACAGGCAGACGAUGGGAACGACAGUCUGCAGCAUUUAUUACAUUUACAAAGCUGUGUAGUUAUACAAAUGUUUAACCAAUAACGAUAUAUGAAUAUCUGAAUAUAUUACAAGACAUUAAAACGUUGUA